GUUGUUUUUGAGUGGAGUGGAUCCAAUAGAUGUAGAGAAGAAAUAAAUGAGUGGCUAUGCCUAUAUAUAGGAAACAGCAAUGACACCCACCACACAACCAUUUCACCAUCCAUUCUUCUCUUCAGUUCUCAGCAUGGGAAGUUCUGGAACAACCGACUAUGGAGCCUACACUUACGAAAACCUUGAGAGGGAACCUUACUGGCCCUCUGAGAAGCUCAGAAUUUCCAUAACUGGGGCUGGUGGUUUCAUUGCCUCACACAUUGCACGCCGCCUCAAGACUGAGGGGCAUUACAUCAUUGCUUCUGAUUGGAAGAAGAAUGAGCACAUGACUGAGGACAUGUUCUGCCAUGAGUUCCAUCUUGUCGACCUUAGGGUCAUGGAUAACUGCUUGACAGUUACCAAGGGUGUGGAUCAUGUCUUCAACCUUGCUGCUGACAUGGGUGGGAUGGGUUUCAUCCAGUCCAACCACUCUGUCAUCAUGUACAACAACACCAUGAUUAGCUUCAACAUGAUUGAGGCAGCCAGGAUCAAUGGUGUUAAGAGGUUUUUUUAUGCCUCUAGUGCUUGUAUCUACCCUGAAUUUAAACAGUUGGAAACAAAUGUGAGUUUGAAGGAGUCUGAUGCCUGGCCCGCUGAGCCACAAGAUGCAUAUGGACUAGAGAAGCUUGCAACUGAAGAAUUAUGCAAGCAUUACAACAAGGAUUUUGGAAUUGAGUGCCGCAUUGGGAGAUUCCAUAACAUAUAUGGCCCUUUUGGGACAUGGAAAGGUGGAAGGGAGAAGGCUCCUGCUGCUUUCUGUAGGAAGACACUUACUUCCAAAGAUCGAUUUGAGAUGUGGGGAGAUGGAUUGCAAACAAGAUCCUUCACCUUCAUUGAUGAGUGUGUUGAAGGUGUGCUUAGAUUGACUAAAUCAGACUUCCGUGAGCCCGUGAAUAUUGGAAGUGAUGAAAUGGUCAGCAUGAAUGAGAUGGCUGAGAUUGUUCUUGGUUUUGAGAAUAAGGAUAUACCAAUAUACCACAUUCCUGGCCCAGAAGGUGUUCGUGGCCGUAAUUCAGACAAUACAUUAAUCAAAGAGAAACUUGGCUGGGCUCCAACUAUGAAAUUGAAGGAUGGGCUGAGAAUUACAUACUUUUGGAUUAAGGAGCAGCUUGAAAAAGAGAAGGCUGAAGGUGUUGAUUUAUCAGUUUAUGGAUCAUCCAAAGUGGUAGAGACUCAAGCCCCGGUUCAACUUGGCUCACUUCGUGCUGCAGAUGGCAAAGAGUAAAGCGACUUAUGCAUGGAUGUAGUAGUAGUAAUAAUAAUAAAUUAUGUGUUGCAAGGAAAGGGUUCGUUUUAUAUUAUGCUAUUUUUUUUAGAUCAGUUCGUGCAGCAGAUGGUAAAGAAUAGAGUGGUUAAUGCAUUGUCUUAGUGUUUCAAGUGAAGGCUUGGUUUUAAUGUUGUCGAAAUUUGAUUUUAGAUUUUAGCUGUUCAAGUUAUUUCUGAAAUUUGUUCACAUGUUUGAACGAAGCUGUUAUGUUAUUGAAUGCUAUGUAAGCUUGUUUGAGGUAAUAACUGCUGCUUAAGGUCAUGCUAUUC